AUGAGUGGUGGCCACCAGCUACAGCUGGCUGCCCUCUGGCCCUGGCUGCUGAUGGCUACCCUGCAGGCAGGCUUUGGACGCACGGGACUGGUAUUGGCAGCAGCGGUGGAGUCUGAAAGAUCAGCUGAGCAGAAGGCUAUUAUCAGAGUGAUCCCCUUGAAAAUGGACCCCACAGGAAAACUGAAUCUCACUUUGGAAGGCGUGUUUGCUGGUGUUGCUGAAAUAACUCCAGCAGAAGGAAAAUUAAUGCAGUCCCACCCCCUAUACCUGUGCAACGCCAGCGACGACGACAAUCUGGAGCCUGGGUUCAUCAGCAUCGUCAAGCUGGAGAGUCCCCGACGGGCCCCCCGCCCCUGCCUGUCGCUGGCCAGCAAGGCCCGGAUGGCGGGGGAGCGGGGAGCCAGCGCCGUCCUCUUUGACAUCACGGAGGAUCGAUCCGCUGCUGAGCAGCUGCAGCAGCCCCUGGGGCUGACGUGGCCCGUGGUGUUGAUCUGGGGUCAUGAUGCCGAAAAGCUGAUGGAGUUUGUGUACAAGAACCGAAAGGCCCACGUGAGGAUUGAGCUCAAGGAGCCCCCGACCUGGCCAGAUUACGAUGUAUGGAUCCUCCUGACGGUGGUGGGCACCAUCUUUGUGGUCAUCCUGGCCUCGGUGCUGCGUAUCCGGUGCCGCCCCCGCCACACCAGGCCGGACCCCCUUCAGCAGCGAACAGCCUGGGCCAUCAGCAAGCUGGCCACCAGGAGGUACCGGGCCGGCUGCCGGGGCGCCAGGGAUGAGUGGCCAGACUCCGGGAGCAGCUGCAGCUCCGCCCCGGUGUGCGCCAUCUGCCUGGAGGAGUUCUCCGAGGGCCAGGAGCUCCGGGUCAUUUCCUGCCUCCAUGAGUUCCAUCGUACCUGUGUGGACCCCUGGCUGCAUCAGCAUCGCACUUGCCCCCUCUGCAUGUUCAACAUCGUAGAGGGAGAUUCGCUUUCGCAGUCCCUGGGACCCUCCCGAGCUUACCAGGAACCGGGCCGGAGGCUCCACCUCAUUCGCCAGCACCCCGGCCACGCGCACUACCACUUGCCCGCCGCCUACCUGUUGGGCCCUUCCCGGAGCGCGGUGGCUCGGCCCAGCCGGCCCGGCCCCUUCCUCCCAUCGCAGGAGCCAGGCGUGGGCCCCCGGCACCACCGCCAACCCAGAACCGCACACCCCCGGGCUCCGGGCGAGCCCCAGCGCCUGGCGGCGGCCCCGCACCCCUACGCGCCGGGCUGGGGGCUGAGCCACCUCCGCUGCACCUCCCAGCACCCGGCCACCUGCCCCGCGCCCCCUCGCCGGACCAGGCCCCACGACAGCAGCGGGUCCGGAGAGAGCUACCGCACGGAACGCAGCGGCUACCUGGCGGACGGGCCAGCCAGCGACUCCAGUUCGGGGCCCUGUCACGGCUCUUCGAGCGACUCGGUGGUCAACUGCACAGACGUUAGCCUGCAGGGCAUCCACGGCAGCAGCUCCACCUUCCGCAGCUCCCUGAGCAGUGACUUCGACCCCCUGGUCUACUGCAGCCCCGACGGGGAGCCCGCGGGGAGGGCGGCUCCGCCUCGCCUGGCCUCCCGGCCCCGUUCUCUGGACUCGGUGGUGCCCGCGGCGGAAACGCAGGUUUCCAGCCACGUCCACUACCACCGCCACCGGCACCACCACUACAGGAGGCGUUUCCAGUGGCACGGCAGGAAGGCUGACCCCGAAACUGGAGUCCCCCGGUCCAGGCCUGCCGCUCCUCGGACACAGCUCCCGCCAGAGCCGCCUUCGCCCGAUCUGCACGCGGCCAGGUGCAGCCCAGCAGCGCUUUCAGGGCAGCCUCCUGCCCUGCAGCGGCCCCGGGCCCUCACCGAGCCAGCCCCGGGGCCACCCGCCGCCUCCAGCCCCAGCCCUGCAGCCAACAACCUCUUCCACUUGCAGAAAUCCAGCCUCUCUGUCCGACACCCCCAGAGGAGACGGCGAGGGGGACCCCCGGAGCCCACCCCAGCCUCUCGAUCCCAGGACUUGCCUACCCACCCAACUUGCCAGAUUUUCCCCCAUUAUGGCCCAAGUCUGGCACACCCUUGGUCCCCAGAGGCCCACCCACUGAUCUUCGGACAUCCAGGCCUGGAGAGGAGGCUGCUACCAGAAGCCCCGGGCCCUACAUACCCGAGUUCCCAGCCAGUGUGGUUGUGUCUGACUCCACGCCAGCCCCUCGGACCGCACCCAUCUGGGGAGGGGCCUUCCGCAUGGAGUUCUGGCACCCCGGAGGGCAGGCCAUGCCCUUACCCACACUGCCAGGUGCUACCAGCCCAGCCUGGCACAGAAGAGGAACUGGAGGAGCUGUGUGAACAGGCCGUGUGA